AUGGCACAGCUUGUCGAAUGGGAGGACGUUUACACCUUCGGCAAGAUUUUGAGAGACUUGAGCAUGACGCACAUCGCACCCCCGGGUGGACUACUCGACCGGCGGCCAGAUAACUUGACAAUGCAGGACAUGAUGGACAGAAACGACGCGCCCGGCUACACUCAAGAGCUGAAGGAUCGUCUGGCAGAGUUCGAAUGGGACGGCAUGGAAGAUGGCACGGACAUAAACGAUUUUCAGGACCCCAAGAGCCAGACGGUCGCAGACGCAGACUGGGUCCUGAACACGCUCCUGCCCGCAGCCCAGGCCCGCGUCGCGCAGUACCGCAACCCCGGUGUGCGGAAGCCGAGGGGUUACUGGGACGCCAUGGACGUCUCAUGGACCAAGCCGCAAACCACUAUGCCUUUCGUGUACAACAGCAAGUAUGCGGACGAAGCAGGCGAUGACGACAACGCCCCGGAGCCUCCCCACUUCCAGGAUGAGAGGCAGCAGUCUGAGAGGCUGAGGAUGAGCAUGCUGCGGCCACAGCACCAGUGGGACGAGAUUAGGCCUUAUCAGGUGCAUUCGCUGGAACACGAGGUUACCAAUCCCAGGGAAAUUCAUAACCAGCCGCCAGGCUAG